AUGGACGGCAGAAUCCCCAAGACGCCGCACCACCUCUCUCAUGCGAACCCAUCCAACACUUUGCAAGAGAAACCGCCGGACGCUGCUACAGACAAGGAUACAGAGCUUCAGAGCCGCCGAGAGCAGCUCACGGUAGACGCUCAAGACGCGACAUCAGUGCAGACGGCGAAGAGGCAGCUCGACGCGACGUCCGAGAGCGACCUGUUACCCUCGAAGAGAGCCCGGUUGACGCAGACGGACGCACAAUUCCCUGGGGUUGCCGGGAAAGCAGAGAAGACGGACAAGACGACGCUACAACAGCCCAGGCCUCAGCCUCCCAGGCGACCAUACGCCUCCUUUCUCAGAGACUCCGUCGACCCCGUCCAUCCCGAGUCUGUCGACACUUUUGUCUCCGAGUGGCUCGAGUCUGUUGGAUCAGAGCGAAAAGAACACUGCCGGUCGGAUAGCCAGCUUCACCGUCUAGACAGCCCCGUUUCCAGGCAGCUCGCCAGAUCGGCGCCGGAGAUGGGUUCCAGACGGGAUGCCGACAAAUUUGUCAUUCCGCCCACGCCGGGUUCUUCUGGGUCUCGUUCAAAUGCAGCCACGGAGUCGGUCGCACCGUCGGGUGCCUCCAGCCGGUCGUAUUCGAGGAGCCUGGUGGAGGACCAGCUUUACCGGGAUGUGAACCUGCCGGCAAACAACAUCUACAUGCGCUCUUCCCGCGAGCAGUUCCCGGAACAUAUUGCUACUCUCAUUGAUGAUGUGCGCAGAGACCGCACCUCUCCAGGGCCGUCGCGAGAGGAGGUGUGGGAAGAUACGGCUUUAGAACGACUUUCACUGGGCGCCAGUGAACCUCAAGUGGAAAAUUAUUUUAGACGUGAAAUUUUUCCUGACCCGGGCCCAAGCGACCCCCUCGAACGUGCCGACAGACUACCAAUGUCCAGGCACGCCGUCCCCAAUACCGGGUCCCAGUUGAAAGUCAGCAAUCCGGUGCCCGACAUGCUCUAUGGAUACAACCUCCAUAACGCCUUUCCUCAGCAGCAGGGGCAGCUGGCCUCUAUGGGCUCGGAGAUGGUAGCAAACAGUCAGAACUUGAUUUACCCAUUUUUCGUCAUCGAGUUUAAGGGCGACGGACCGUCUGGAGGUGGGACCAUUUGGGUGGCAACGAAUCAAUGCCUUGGCGGGUCUUCAUCGUGUGUCAACAUUGCCGAACGCCUAAACCGCCAGCUGAAGCAGUGCAAGAGCAGUGAAGUCAGUACGAUUAACAGUGCCGCAUUCAGCAUCGCUAUUCGUGGCACAGAGGCCCGACUCCACAUCUCGUGGAAGCAUGAUGACCUUCGGUACUAUAUGGCGAAUGUCAAGAGUUUCUUGCUCCAAGAGCCUGAUGAUUACAUACAGUUUCGCAAGUACGUCCGCAACAUUAUUGAUUGGGGAAAAGAUAAGCGACUGAAAGAGAUCCGGGCCUCCCUCGACACCCUCCUGGAAGAGAGCAGGAGGAGAACUUCUGAGGAAGCAAAAUCUCGUCCCCCACCUUCGGAGAGCUCGGCGAGCAGCAGCAAGAGGGGCAAGUCAUCUUCACGUGGGCAAACCAGCGGUGCGGGAAGCCAUAGAUCCCCGAGCAGCGGAGCCGACGAUUACUGGACCUGGGAUGACAGAUAUAACAGAUGGUAUCAUAUGCAUUCCGAUGGGAGCGUCACGUGGGAUGAUGGAGGGCAGUCAUCGUCUAGGCGUCCGUGA